GCUUGGCCAAGUUUGCGGAGCGUCGCCGCGCAAGCCGGCCAGUCAAUCAGCAGCAGAGCUGAGAAGGGCACAGCCGCGCGGCCGAGGGCAGAGUGAGCCGAGCCGAGCCGAGUCGAGUCGAGCCAGGCAAGCGGACCAGCGCGGGGCAGCCGGAGCAGCUCGCAGCGGGCGUUCGCUGCCGCCGCCGCCGCCGCUGCCGCCCACACCCUCCGCGGUCCCUGCCACCUUCCCUCCUUCCUUGCACCCUGCUCUGCCGGCCGGCCAGCCAGCUCGCCCGCCCGGUUCGCUGCCCCGCGGAGCCCCGGGGUCACCGGCCCGUGCCUCUGCUUCCCUGGGCCGCGCGCCGCUCCACGCCCUCCUCUCUCCUCCUCCUGCCCCGACUGCGCGCCUGGCACCGGGGACCGUUGCCUGACGCGAGGCCCGGCUCCACUUUUCUCCCCGCGUCUCUUCCUCCAGCUCUCCUCCUCCUCCUGCUCCACCACUAACUCCAACUCCUUCGCUCUCUCGCUCCACUCGCGAGCCCCCGACUCCGUGCCGCUCGGCCCGCCCCGGCAGCGCCGCUCCCCGACCCGUCUCCUCCUGUCCGAAAGGUGGGAACGCGUCUGCCCCGGCCCGCAGCAUGGCACGGUUCGGCUUGCCCGCGCUUCUCUGUCUCCUGGCCGCGCUCAGCGCCGCGCUGCUGGCUGCCGAGCUCAAGUCGAAAAGUUGCUCGGAAGUGCGACGUCUCUACGUGUCCAAAGGCUUCAACAAGAACGAUGCCCCCCUCCACGAGAUCAACGGUGAUCAUCUGAAGAUCUGUCCCCAGGGUUACACGUGCUGCUCUCAAGAGAUGGAGGAGAAGUACAGCCUGCAAAGUAAAGAUGAUUUCAAAAAUGUGGUGAACGAACAGUGCAAUCACUUGCAGGCCGUCUUUGCUUCCCGUUACAAGAAGUUUGAUGAAUUCUUCAAAGAGCUGCUUGAAAAUGCUGAGAAAUCCCUGAAUGAUAUGUUUGUGAAGACAUAUGGCCGCUUAUACAUGCAAAACUCUGAGCUAUUUAAAGAUCUCUUUGUGGAGUUGAAGCGCUACUACGUGGUGGGGAACGUGAACCUGGAAGAAAUGCUAAACGACUUCUGGGUUCGUCUCCUGGAGCGCAUGUUCCGCCUGGUGAACUCCCAGUACCACUUUACCGACGAGUAUCUGGAGUGCGUGAGCAAGUACACAGAGCAGCUGAAGCCCUUCGGAGACGUCCCGCGGAAGCUGAAGCUGCAGGUCACUCGUGCCUUCGUAGCAGCCCGUACUUUUGCUCAAGGCUUAGCGGUUGCAAGAGAUGUAGUGAGCAAAGUCUCUGUGGUGAAUCCCACCGCCCAGUGUACCCAGGCCCUGUUGAAGAUGAGCUACUGCUCCCACUGCCGGGGGCUGGUGACCGUGAAGCCCUGUUACAACUACUGCUCGAACAUCAUGAGAGGCUGUUUGGCCAACCAAGGGGAUCUCGAAUUUGAGUGGAACAAUUUCAUAGACGCGAUGCUCAUGGUGGCGGAAAGGCUGGAGGGUCCUUUCAACAUUGAAUCCGUCAUGGAUCCCAUCGACGUGAAGAUCUCCGAUGCUAUUAUGAACAUGCAGGAGAACAGCGUGCAAGUGUCGCAAAAGGUGUUCCAGGGAUGUGGACAGCCCAAGCCCCUCCCAGCCGGACGAAUUUCUCGGUCCAUCUCUGAAAGUACCUUCAGUGCUCGUUUCCGGCCCUAUCACCCCGAGGAACGCCCCACCACAGCAGCUGGCACUAGUUUGGACCGCCUGGUUACCGAUGUCAAGGAGAAGCUGAAACAGGCCAAGAAGUUCUGGUCAUCUCUCCCUAGCAACGUUUGCAACGAUGAACGGAUGGCCGCGGGAAAUGGCAACGAAGAAGACUGCUGGAACGGAAAAGGCAGAAGCAGGUACCUGUUUGCAGUGACAGGAAAUGGAUUAGCCAACCAGGGCAAUAACCCAGAAGUCCAGGUCGACACAAGCAAACCAGACAUACUGAUCCUCCGCCAAAUCAUGGCUCUUCGGGUUAUGACCAGUAAAAUGAAGAAUGCUUACAAUGGGAAUGAUGUGGACUUCUUUGAUAUAAGCGAUGAGAGCAGUGGAGAAGGGAGUGGAAGUGGAUGUGAGUACCAGCAGUGCCCUUCGGAGUUUGAGUACAAUGCCACUGACCACGCUGGGAAGAGUGCCCACGACAAAGCCGACAGUGCUGGCGCCCGUCCCGGGGUGCAGCCCUACCUCCUUGCGGUCUUCUGCAUCGUGUUCCUGGUUGUGCAGAGAGAGUGGAGAUAAUUUUUGCAAACUUUGAGCAAAAGCGUUCAUCAUCAGAAAUUUCAAAAGGCACCGGUUAUCACUUUUAUACCAUCCUAGUGACUUUGCUUUUUACAUGAAUGGACAACGAUGUACAGUUUUUACUAUGUGGCCACUGGUUUAAAAAAUGCUGACUGUAUUUUCAUUCAGUUUUUGGGGCAGAGGGGAUUUGUACGUUCUGUUGGUUCCUGCUACCCCAGAAUCAUGUUAAACGUGGCUAACAGUGUAGGUACAGAACUGUAGUUAGUUGUGCAUUUGUGAUUUUAUCACUAUUGUUUGUUUGUUCUUUUCUCAUUUUGUUUGUGGGUUUUUUUUUUAAUUCCAAUUACGAUCUCACCUUGUUUCUUACAAGAAAACCAGGGUCCUUUCUUGGCAUGUAACAUGUACGUAUUUCUGAAAUAUUAAAUAGCUGUACAGAAGCAGGUUUUAUUUAUCAUGUUAUCUUAUUAAAAGAAAAAGCCCAACAAGCAGUAAAAUUUCCAUUUAUCCCUGUUAUUUUAGUUGCCUUAUGUGGACACAAGUGGAGGUGAUUUGGGAUUUUUCUAUUAUUGUUAGGAGAGAACGUGAAGGCACAAGUAGGCUUUGGAGCCACCUGUCAGAUUGUACGCGAGCGUUAGCACAAGAAGGAGGGUAUACUUCGUGUACAGUUGGUGAUUGGAAGAGACUGCAGACUCCCCAUUUUUGUUAAUAUUAAGCUAAGAGCACGUAUGGAUCUGUUUCUUAAAGCCCACUUGUCCUUAAAGUGUAACCCAUUUCCAAGAAGAUUCUUGAUAGAGUGUCACUUGAAAGAUGCUUAAAGUAUUCAAGAGAUCCCACUUAUCACCUGUUCACAGUUGGGUGUGGAGGUGUUUUUUUUUUUUUUCCAAUUUUAACCAGGCAAAUUAUCACGCCACUAACCGAGUGUGCCAGUUUGCACAGCCACACUGCCCCUCUUUGAAUUUCUGUCCCAGUGGCAGCAGCAAGCGGCCAACCAUUUCAUUUGGUCCCCCUUGUUCCAGUGGUCCAGAUGUCAGGCCCAGCCAGAUCCAGGGAGCCAUCUGGGAGCUAGCCAGAACUGGGGUACAGCCUGGGCUCAGGGAAUAGCUGUCAAUACUCCGGUGAAGUUUUUGUCUGUGCAUGUGUAUUUGCAUUUCUUUUUGGAUCCCAGUUUUUUUGUCUUAAGAGAGUGUAAGGUGUCUUAUCUGAGUCCUUUCUUGCCCAGCCCCCUCUGAUAAAGCAAAGGACUUGCAGUGGUUCGCAGCUGUGUGCUACCCAUAGCAGCCAAGGAGCCUACUUGGGGGAGAACUAGUUGUCCAGAGUUUUCGUGCGUUAUGUUGUUGAGGGUGGGGGCGGGAGUUCGGGGAGUAGGUAGAACCAAGACGAGCACAUCAUAGUGGUGAUCCUUAGCCACGUGGGUGAACUGGCAAAGGCCGUAUCUGUUGUUUCAGGCCAAAGAUUGACAACUGCCUUGGCCCCUAGGGGACCCUUUCCUUGUGUUCCUACCAAAUGACAGCUCACAGAAGUAUGAGAAUGUAACAGAUCACUUUAAAGGAGGUUCCCACAAGUCUUCAGAAAGACUGAAAUUCUGCAAGUCUCUUCCUGCUUUGGACAGUCAUUGAGAUCCCAUUGAGUUCGAGAGAACCAGAAACCCACAGAGAGGUUGUUUGUGUUAUUGUUCAAUCCUCAGUUGUAAGAGUAAUUCUCUAUUUUUAUAUUGAAACAUAAUUACUUGAUAGCUCAGGGUCUACAUUUCAUUCAACUUUUUACACCAAAUUCUGCAGAAUGGUCAAAAUGGCAUAUCGGGGGCUGUUGUAAACAGAGGCUUAAUUUUAUUAGAAGUAGCCAGUUAUUUAUUAAAGCAUGAUGUUAAUAAAAUAGGCAUAUUCUGGC